UGCAUUUGUAUGUAUGCAGUUCAUUCUGCAAUCCGUGAGGUAUAGUGUGCUGACCCUUCGUACAUAUCGUGUUAUUUUACAGCAACAUUUGUUGAAGCGCGGUGAUCGUUAGUUAUAACGAUCGAACGCAACGAGCUGGACAUCGUGCCGAAAGCGUACUGAUAUUUACAUCGAAAGAGGAUUCAUAUCAAAACAUUCACCAAGAUGACGGUCAUCACAAAGGCCAUUAGCGACAAGAGGACGGACAAAAUGGAACAACCGUUGUUUGUCGAAGAAAACGCAACGGAAGAUACAAAAACAGACCCAGAAGCACAAGUUCCAAAAAAUGAUGCAGUAGGACGUUACUUGCUUACCUUCUCCAGGAGAAACAUACGUUGCAUUCAUGUCACAGCAACGUUUUCGCUGUUUCUUAUUGGAUUCAUGGUUCUAAUGACUGGUAUUGUGGGAGGUGUGUGCAUAUAUAAACAAUUUGCUAAAACGCAAUUGCACAGAUUCAGGACAGGAUGGUAUAGCAUUCCGUAUGAUAGUUCGAACAAAGCACCAUGUAACAAUAGUGGAGUUCAUCAAGGAUUACUGGCAGACCCUGCAUUGCUCAAAAGUCUAACAAGAGUAUCAGAUCAAGAUAUGGAUGGUGACAACCAUAAAAGUAAUGUCUUUAAGGAGCGAUUUGAACUUGAUUUGGAGAAUGGAGAUUAUGAAGAUAUUGAUGUUCCUGAUUUUCGUGGACGUCAAGGGCGGUUUAUCCAUGAUUUUAACAUUAACAAAACUGGGAUCAUUGACACUGUUAGGCAAUGUUGCUUUGUGAUGCCAUUAAAUCGUCAAAGUGUAUUGCCACCACGUAAUAUGUAUGAUCUUCUCAGUAAAAUGUACAGUGGUUAUUAUGAUGUAGAUACAAAAGUUAUCAAAGAAACAAUGAAAGUAGUGAAACCACCAAUUACUGAUUUGUCCCUUGUUGGAACAUAUAUAGCUCGUGAAUGUCAAGAUUUUCCGAAGUAUAUGUUAACGAAAGUAAAUAUGAGUAGCUCGAAUGUUUUCAAGCGCAGCGUAUCAAAUGGUGUAUUCGGACUAUUUGCAGGGAAGAGUAUUAUAGAAUUAAAUAUUUUAAACAUAGAUGAGAUUGAAGAAUAUAACAAAAGCUCAAAAAAUUGAACAAAAGGAAUUUAUAAUGAUUCAUAAUAGAAUAUUUAAUACCAGUAGAUCAAUGUAUAAAAAUAUUAUCCAGCUCAGCAAACUUAGGUAAAUUCUCCAUGAAUAUCCGAAAAAUAAUUUCUAUUCUUGUCAUUUGCUUUUUCUUUAAAGAUUUGAUGAUCAAAGACUCAGUAUUAUUAUAUAUGACUCAGUAUCCUCAUUCAUAAACGUUUCCAUAUCAAGACAUAAAAGCACUCAUUCCUAAACAUUUCACUGUCAAGGCAAGGAAAUAUUCAUUUUUAAACGCAUUUUAAGACAUUGUUAAGUCUUCCCAUCAUUCCAUAUUUUAGCUUUGAAUCAGUGGAGCUAUAACAAAAAUAAAACGUAUUAAUUAAUGUAUAUGUAACUAAUGUUUUAUCAGAAUUUAAAUAGCUAACUAGUUAUAUGUGGCUGCUGUAAUUAGAGAUUUAUUAUGUUUAAAGCAAAACAGUAAUUAAAUUCCAUGAAAUGUUGAUGGUGCUUAUUAAUAAGGUAGAAGUGUAUUAUCUUCUGUUUCUCUACUUCUUAUGCUUAAAUCUUUUAAUAUGUAAUUUUAGAGACAUAUAGAAACAUAAUUAUCAAUAUGUGUACAAACUAGGAUUCAUUUGAUUUUUUUAAAUGUAAUAUUAACUCUACGAGUUUCAUGAAUUGUAAAAUUUUUACUAAAUCGAGAUGUUUUUUAUCGGUGUAUUUGAAAUCAAUGAUUAUUUAAAGACUAAUCACAGUACAUACUUUCAUACCAUAUCAGUACUGCUCAUGAAUAAAUGUAAUAACAGAUUCUUUUUUGUUAGAUUAUAAUAAAUGUUGUAUAACAAUACAUGUGAUUUAUUGAAGGAAAUCUAACACUAAAAUAUGUACCGAAGAUGAUAAGAUACGGAUAAUAAAGUUGCUGUGACCAAAUUAUUAUUGUGGCGAUUGAAAAUUGAAGCAUGUGAUUGAGUGACACUAUAUUGAAUUCCUUUUCCAUGUUAUAAUAUUCUUACUGAUGAAUUCAACUUGGGUCAUCACAUUUUAUCUACGAGUCUUUUAUGAUAUGAAAGGAAGUGGGUAUAGCGUUAUUUUAUCAUAUCUGCCUAUUUGUAUAACGUGUAUAUGCAUGAACAUUCACAUUUUCAAUACCAUAUUUGACAAUUAUUUUUUAAUCUACUGAAGUAAAUGUGCUUUAUUCACUUUGUCUGUCGAAAAAUAUUUAAAAAUGUCUUUUGAAAUGAACCGUUUCAUAAAGUUUGAGAAAUCAUUUCCUUUAUUAUAAAAAAGUGUUUGCCUACUGUUACGAUGUAUUUAUUUGCCUAUAUGCAUUGUUUAAUAUAGAAUAGUUUUCCCGUCAACUAUUGAAAUAUGUUUUUUUGUUAUUACCAAAUUUGUAUCUCGCAAUUACAAUGGUUCAAUUUUUUGUUUGAACAUUUUUCAUAGGUGCUAUGAAGCAAAAAAGUAAUCAAAUUGCUUAGACUCCAAUGGGCGUCAUAUGUAGUAAAUCAUAUGGUUGCAUGUUGUGUAUUUUGUAGCUGUAGGAGAGGAAUUGUAAUGCAAACUUUAUUGAUGAAAUUGAUAGUAUCCACGUUUUUGUGGUAACAUUUAUAGCAAAAAGACUGAAUAAAAAGAUGCAUUUCCUGAUGAAAUAAUCAUGUACAUGAAUAAAAUAGUAUGUACUGUGAACUGUAGUGUUAAGAAAUAAAUUAUACAAUCUAC